UUUCAAAGAUGGAGUUCAGCUCUGUUUACGCGCUGUCAGCGGGCUUUCUGGCCGCUGCUGGCUCUCUGUCUGCGAAGCUAACCCUCGGCGCAGACUACCUGAGGGAGAUGUGUGAGUCCGGCCUGAGCGGCUGGACUCAGAGUCCCGGCGGAGCCACACGGUGUGACUGGCUCCAUGUUCCCCUUCGGCUGUUGUGUGGAGUCCUGCUACUCAGUUGUAACACUUUAAUGUGGACAAUGUUCUCCAAGGCUCUCCGUCACGGCUCUUCUUCAGCAGGGGUCACUGUCACCACCACCGCCUCCAACUUCAUCUCCUCUGCUGUCAUUGGGAGGCUCAUCUUUGGUGAGACUCACAGCACCCUCUGGUGGAUGGGCAUCUCUCUCACUCUCUGUGGACUGCUGGUGAUGCACAGUGCGACUCCUCAAACGUCCCCACAAGAGGCCGAGAAAAAGGACAAGUGAUGGAUCAGGGAGAGACAUUUGUCGAACUUCUCACUGCACUUUAAAUUGCACAUAUUGUUGGACAAAGCGAGACAAGCCAGGAAGCAUUCAACACUUAGAAUUGGUUUUCAGUGGUUUUUAGAAGACUUGUUUUCCAAGAGGCUGACUGGUACCAGUGACUGCAGUGGGCCCCAAAAGCAGGCCUGUCAUGUUUUAUCUCUUGUUUGGACUGAGCUGUACGGUAGGAAUGGUAAGGAAUGUCUCUAGUCUCUAGCAUGAGACAUGCUAGUGUAUGUCUCAUGCACUAGUAUGAGACAAGCAAUGAUGUCCUUCUGUCUCCCAAUCAAUGAACUGUGUUGUAUGAUGCUAGUUAGCUCCGUACAGUUGUCUGAAGACCCACAGACCUAGAACUGAAGGCUCUAGGUCUAUAGGACCUUCUGUUUCCAUUGUCUGUUACAGUGGAAACAGACAAAAUGUCGUACAGAACCGUUCCGACCAGUGUUCUACAGCUCAGUGGAAAUACGGUUUUAGAACUUGAGCUGGGUGACUGAUAAGUUACCAAUCAGAAACUUGUAAAAGCCCUUUAAAUCCUGAUCAGUAAAAUUAGAUUAUAUUUCCUGUUGACUUGGACUUGUCAGGUUGUGGCUGAUGCCUCUAAUCAGUGAAUACUUGUAAUUAUUAAAUCGUUUAGAAUAAAAAUAAAUUCAUACUUUGGUUGUAUUA